CUACGUCACAUGUAAACCAGGGGGAAGAUGGCGGCCGCCGGAGGAGAGCCUUCCACUGAAAAUGUGUCAGAUGAAUUAUUUCAGAACUUUUACACGGAGGUGAAGCAGAUUGAAAAGAGAGACUCUGUGUUAACUUCCAAGCAGCAGAUUGACAGACUGCUCAGACCUGGCUCGUCCUACUUCAACCUCAAUCCCUUUGAGGUGCUGCAAAUUGAUCCGGAGGCAACUGAUGAUGAAUUGAAGAAAAGAUUUCGGGCGUUGUCCAUUUUGGUCCAUCCAGACAAAAAUCAGGAUGAUCCAGACAGAGCACAGAAAGCCUUUGAAGCUGUGGACAAGGCGUACAAACUCCUGCUGGAGCCAGAGCAGAGGAAGAGAGCCUUAGAUGUGAUCCAUGCAGGACAGGAAUAUGUGGAGCAUAUCGUAAAGGAGAAAAGGAAACAGCUGAAGAAGGAUGGAAAGCCGUUAUAUGUGGAGGAAGAUGACCCUGAAGUGUUUAAGCAAGCUGUGUACAAACAGACCAUGAAGCUGUUCGCAGAGCUUGAAAUCAAGAGGAAGGAAAGGGAAGCUAAGGACAUGCAUGAAAGGAAAAGGGCAAGAGAGGAAGAAAUCGAGGCAGCAGAGAAAGCAAAGCGGGAGAGAGAAUGGCAGAAAAACUUUGAGGAAACAAGAGAUGGGCGUGUGGACAGUUGGAGGACCUUCCAGGCCAAAGGCAAGAAGAGCAAGGAGAAAAAGAACAGGUCCUUCCUCAAGCCCCCGAAAGUCAAGAUGGAACAGAGGGAAUGAUGUUGUAAAGCUGGACUUUGUUAGAAUAAACCCACUGUUGUUAAAAAACAGUUCUGUGUGUUAUCACCUCUUCGUCUACAGUCAACUUUGAAGUCGUUGUUCCACAGUCAUCAAGAUACUUCCUCAUCCUGACCCUGACAAACAUAGUUUUGUACUUGGUUUUUCUAAUGUACAUAUUUGUGAUCUGGACCCAGAGAUCAUACUCUCCUCAUGUAAGAAAGAGAAAUGCUGCAUCUUACAGUUCUGUAACUGAUGAGAAAAAUGUGGUUUGUCAUUGUUUUUUUUCUUUUUGUUUUUAUAACUAAAUAAAGCUUGGUCCAAACAAGCCUACA